ACUGUGUUUUGUUAGAACAAACCGACUCCUAUCUCUCUUAGAAAGAUGCAAAUCUUUUAUCCAGUUAAAGCAAAUCCAAGCACAAAUGACACUAACUGGAUUAAUCUAUGAUAGCUUUGCGGCUAGUCGCCUUAUUGCUUUUUGUGCCCUUUCUGAGUCACGAACUCUUGGUUAUUGCACAAAGCUUCUGCUCAAUACACAUCACCCAAAUGUCUUUUCUUGGAAUGUGACAAUUAGGGGAUAUUUAGAGAGUGGGAACUCUGAAGGAGCUCUUCUUUUGUACAAAAGAAUGUUACAAGAUCGUAUGUUGAGGCCUGAUAAUCAUACCUACCCUUUGUUGCUUAAGGCUUGUUCUAGUCCCUCUCUUAAUUUUCUGGGUCUUGCUAUUCUUGGGCACAUAUUAAAGUUUGGUUUUGAAUUGGAUAUAUUUGUUCACAAUGCACUGAUCACUAUGCUAUUCUCACAUGGAGAAUUAGAGACAGCAUAUGAUGUAUUUGAUAAAGGUUGUGUGAGAGACCUGGUAACCUGGAAUUCCAUGAUUAGUGGGUGCGUUAAAAGAGGGCUAGCAGACGUGGCAUUGGAUCUCUAUUGGGAAAUGGAGGCUGAGAAACUGAAGCCAAAUGAGAUUACAAUGAUUGGGAUGGUUUCUUGCUGUUCUCAACUGCAGGAUUUGAAUCUUGGCCGGAAAUUUCAUCAGCACAUCAAAGAACAUAGGCUUGAACUGACAAUCCCACUUACUAAUGCACUUAUGGACAUGUACGUCAAGUGUGGGGACCUCAUGGCAGCACAACUUUUAUUUGAUAAUAUGGCACAGAAGACCCUCGUUUCAUGGACCACAAUGGUUUUAGGAUAUGCCAGAUUUGGUUUUCUGGAUAUUGCUCGGGGACUUCUGCAUGAAAUUCCAGAGAAGAAUGUUGUCCCAUGGAAUGCAAUAAUUAGUGGUUGUGUUGAGGCCAAGCUCAGUAAAGAAGCAUUGACUCUAUUCCAUGAAAUGCAACUCAUUAAUAUAAAACCUGAUGAAGUAACCAUAGUUAACUGCUUGUCAGCAUGCUCGCAACUUGGAGCACUUGAUAUUGGAGUAUGGCUUCACCAUUAUAUUGAAAGACACAGUAUUUCUUUAGGCGUUGCCCUGGGAACCGCAUUAGUUGACAUGUAUGCCAAGAGUGGAAAUAUUGAAAGGGCUCUGCAGGUUUUCAAUGAGAUGCCACAGAAAAAUUGUUUGACUUGGACUGCCAUUAUUUGUGGUUUAGCACUUCAUGGAAAUGCCUAUGAUGCUGUGUCCUAUUUCUCAGAAAUGAUUCAUUGCGGGUUGAUGCCUGAUGAGAUCACCUUUCUUGGCAUCUUAUCUGCUUGUUGUCAUGGUGGUUUGGUUGAAGAAGGUCGUAAAUUUUUUAACCAAAUGAGCUCCAAAUUCAGCAUAUCCCCUAAGCUUAAACAUUACUCAUGCAUGGUGGACCUUCUAGGAAGAGCUGGUCAUUUGGAAGAAGCAGAGGAGCUUAUUAAAAAUAUGCCCAUGACUGCAGAUGCUGCAGUUUGGGGUGCUUUAUUUUUUGCUUGUCGUGUUCAUGGCAAUGUUUCAAUUGGGGAGAGGGCAGCUUAUAAGCUUUUUGAGUUAGAUCCUCAGGAUAGUGGGACCUAUAUUUUGCUUGCUAGCAUGUAUGGAGAAGCAAGAAUGUGGAAGGAGGCGAAACAUGCAAGGAAAUUAAUGCGAGAGAGAGGAUUAGAUAAAACUCCUGGUUGGAGCUCAAUUGAGGUCAAUGGCAUUGUACAUGAGUUUGUCGUGAGUGAUGCAUCACAUCCUCUGUUCAAACAGAUUUGUGAAUGCUUGGUUUCAUUAACAGGGCAUAUGGAGCUUCUUGGUUUUACUCAUGGUUUUCCUGACUUUGAGUAUAAAUUUUCUUCUUAA